GUCCUAGAGCGGCCACACGCGGUCACAGCCCUCGGCGCACUUCCGCCCGCGCCGGCGCCGCCGCGUGGACGGCUGGGCCUUGCCGCGGGCCUGCGCCUCCCUGGGCUCCUGUCGCGGGCCUCGGGGAGUGGGAAAGCCUCUGCAAAUUAAAUUACCCAAUUAUCAGAGGAAGGCUCGAUCUUGGAAAUGAAAGUGUGGAGUGACACAUGGAAGGGACACUAGCAGUUACCUAAAACCUGUGCAUGGGUUGGGGAGAUGUACCAUCUGUGUGUGUGAGGGCUGACCGGAUCUCCAAAUGGGUGGAAGAUGUCUAUGGACGUGACAUUUCUGGGUACGGGUGCAGCAUACCCAUCCCCAACCCGGGGUGCCUCUGCUCUGGUCCUUCGGUGUGAGGGCGAAUGCUGGCUCUUUGACUGUGGGGAAGGGACUCAGACACAGCUUAUGAAAAGCCAGCUUAAAGCAGGGAGAAUUACCAAGAUCUUCAUCACACAUCUUCAUGGAGAUCAUUUCUUUGGCCUUCCUGGCCUCCUCUGCACAAUCAGCCUGCAGAGUGGCUCUGUGGUCACCAAACAGCCUAUUGAAAUCUAUGGCCCUGCUGGGCUUCGAGACUUUAUCUGGCGAACCAUGGAACUCUCUCACACAGAGUUGGUCUUCCCCUACGUGGUCCACGAGCUGGUGCCUACAGCAGAUCAGUGUCCUACAGAAGAACUAAAAGAAUGUAUGUAUGUGAGUAAAACAGACAGCCAUCCCAAAGAGGGACAAGGAAGAACUAUCCUGUUAGACUCAGAAGAAAACUCAUACCUUCUGGUUGAUGAUGAACAGUUUGUUGUAAAAGCAUUUCGCCUCUUUCACCGAAUUCCCUCCUUUGGAUUUUCAGUUGUGGAGAAGAAACGCCCAGGUAAACUCAAUGCACAGAAACUGAAAGACCUCGGUGUGCCACCAGGUCCUGCCUAUGGGAAGCUGAAAAAUGGUAUUUCUGUUGUUCUGGAAAAUGGAGUUACAAUUUCUCCCCAAGAUGUCUUAAAAAAGCCUAUUGUUGGAAGAAAAAUCUGCAUUUUGGGUGACUGUUCUGGGGUUGUGGGUGAUGGAGGAAUGAAGCUGUGCUUUGAAGCAGACCUGUUGAUCCAUGAAGCGACCCUGGAUGACGCUCAGAUGGACAAGGCAAAAGAGCAUGGCCAUAGCACGCCACAGAUGGCCGCCGCGUUUGCAAAGUUGUGCCAAGCGAAGAGGCUAGUUCUGACUCACUUCAGUCAGAGGUACAAACCGGUUGCCUUGGCCAGAGAAGGAGAAACAGAUGGGAUUGUAGAACUAAAAAAGCAAGCGGAAUCAGUGUUAGAUCUCCAAGAAGUGACUCUAGCAGAAGACUUUAUGGUGAUUGGCAUUCCAAUGAAGAAGUGAACCCGGUAUUCCGGAAUGCAUACUAACAUGCCUGUGAAUAUGUUACUGAACCAGCAGUCAAGUUGGUUGUAGUGGUGGUGGUGGUGGUGGUGGUGGUUGUUUCAGUCUAAAAUUAUUUGGGUCCUAAUAAUCCUAAAAAGGAUAGAGCUGCAUUGCUGAGCUGACUCAGCAGUGAGAGGGAGCAAGCUUUUUGAUAAUAAAUCAUUUUAAAAAGAAAGAAAAAA